AUGGCGCCUUCAGCACGGGCAGAAGUCGCAUUUGUCUCUUUACAGAACUGCCUGGUCAAUCUACCACCAAACCUGAUCGCUCUGAUCGAUGCAUCCAACAUCCCAGCCCAGAAUGUCAUCAUCGAGAUACAGUACCAGACCCCAACUUUGUCUGCCACAGCGGUCUCUAGCGGAGGCACCGGCUUCCAAAGGUCCGUCUACGUGGGCUGGACAGGCUAUGCCAGCCGGACACGUCCAGCGUCGGUCAUCAAUGCUGAUCGGAGAGGCACGCGUGAGCUUGAGGUGCCUAUGGUCGAGAUCGACAGCAUCUUUGGAGCCAAGGUCGGUCUGAGCGAGGCCCGAAAGGUUGGGUUAUUGGUUCAUCUGGAUCCUCCACUGGCUCAUACCAUCAACAUCGAACCUCUUACGCCAGCGGACUGGGAGAUAAUCGAAUUGCAUGCAAACUUCUUGGAACUAAAUCUGCUUUCACAAAUUCGAGCACUACCUAAUCCUAGCUUCUCGGCGAAAGGUGUACCAUCAUCGGAAGCAAAUCAUCCGCUUACACUUCAUCUUUCGCCAACACAUACGGCAAACAUCAAAGUGACAACAAUUGUCCCUCCACAACCGAGCUCAAUUGCGUUCACGAAGAUUGCGCCAGAUGCCGAAGUGAUUGUUGCACCGAAGACACGUGCGAGCUCUGUCAGAAAUCCUCGCGAGCAGGCCCGCAGUGUGACCAGCCGGAGGAGUGGCAAAAGUGGCGCCAGUACUACACAGAGCGCAAAUGGGCGGCGCUCGUCGAACUUCAAAACAGCUUUGUUCCUCCGUGCUGUGGAUCGUCACGUCGGAUCUGCAUUCUUUCCGGCUGAGGACCAAGACGUCAAUACUGGACUCAAAUUAUGGCUGCCCCAAGAGCACUUCGCGUCAGAAGCCAUGAAAGGAGCCAAGUAUGCGAGCAUCACAAUCGUCAAGCCCAAUGGCUUGCGUGCAGAUUUGGAGAAGUCUCAGCUUGAGCGACUGAAAGAAGAGGAGGCGAGUGAUGUUGGAAGGCCAGCAACGAGAUUGGUAGCAGAGGUUCAUCUGUGGAGCAAUCCAGUGGAUACCCACCACGCCGGCCUGUCAUCUACCCUUUCCUCGUUGCUCGGUGUCAAGAGUGCAGUUGGCAACAUCAUCCGAAUAGAGCCAGCAUUCCGGCCGCUCCACCACUCCUCAGUUCAGGCGCUUACGCUGUUUCCAUUCGCCCUGGAGGGUGCCCAAAAAAGAGAAGAGUUGAGAUUCGGGGGCGAUUCAAAGGCAGCGAAAGCGGCGACCCUCGACAAGCUUCGUAUAGCACAGGACGGACCGCAUGGACUGCUAUCGGGACCUAUCACAGAUGGCAUGAUCCUGCCAGCAAGCGGCGAACCUAGCUCGUUGACUUACUUUCCCGGUGGCAUCCUCCGCAUACAGCAGAAGGGUCAGCCAGAAUCCGAUCAGGCAAACGCGCUUGUAUGGGCAAUUGGACAAGAGCAGAAAGACAUCAGCGAUGUCAGGUCAGAAGUUCCACGCCCGAUCGAGCUGACUGCUCUCUUCCCUUCGUUCGCGCAGAAUAUCCCGGAGAAGAACACGCCUUUGAUCGGCGUCGACAAUGUUAUCAAGCAGUCCAUGGCAAAUCUGACCUUGUGCUCGUCGGUUCUACUGACAGGCGCGAUUGGCUCUGGUAAGACGAGCAUAUCCUACAAUCUUGCUCGACAACUGCGGGAGGACUUCCUGUUCAACGUCACAUACUUCUCAUGCGCACAGUUGGUGACAGAUGAAACUCGGGUAUCAGCUAUUCGCGAAACCCUGAAGCGACUCUUCAUGUCCGCAUCGUGGUGCGCGCGUCUCGGAGGGCAAGCACUUGUCGUGCUCGACGAUCUCGACAAGAUCUGCCCGGCCGAGACAGAGAUGCAGACUCUGAGCAACGACAACGAGCGCAGUCGGCAAACAAGUGAGGUGCUUUGCGGUCUCAUACGACAGUAUUGUACAUUCCAGUCAGGUGUCACGUUACUCGCUACGGCUCAGUCCAAGGACAGUGUCCAUAGCCUGUUCAUCAGCGGACACGUGGUUGGCGAAAUUGUCAAUAUCAAAGCGCCGACGAAGGAAAUUCGUCGCGAUGUGCUCUACAGAUUGACCGCUGAUGAGGCGCGGCAGAGCAACGGGAAUCACGCUGGACAUUCUCGGAACACAAGCAAUUCCCAGAGCAUGUCAGAGCACUCCUGGAUGGACCCAUCCAUGCCAUCGAGCAGGCCCGGUUCGGCAGGAUCCUCCGAUCGUGAUGGCUUUCGGAUCUCUCCACAAUUAGAUCUACUCGACGUUGCAGGCAAGACAGACGGGUACAUGCCCGCCGAUCUAGUCUUACUUGUCAGUCGUGCGAGAGACGCGUGUCUGACCCGAUCGAUCCUUGCUGAUCCCGAGAAUAGCUCAUCAGAAUUGACACUGACGAGGAGCGACUUCGAUGCCGCACUGAAGAACUUCACACCCACGUCUCUUCGCAACGUUACUCUCACAACGUCAUCUACGACCUUCGCCUCUAUUGGCGGGCUUCACGCCACACGGAAGACACUGCUAGAAACCUUGAUGUAUCCCACAAAAUAUGCACCCAUCUUCGCAAAGUCCCCUCUCCGACUCCGAUCCGGUCUGCUGCUGUACGGCUAUCCCGGCUGCGGCAAAACGCUCCUCGCCUCCGCCGUCGCAGGCGAAUGCAACCUCAACUUCAUCAGCGUCAAAGGCCCAGAGAUCCUGAACAAGUACAUCGGUGCUUCCGAAAAGUCCGUUCGCGAUCUCUUCGAGCGCGCGCAAGCCGCCAAGCCGUGCGUCCUCUUCUUCGACGAGUUCGACUCCAUCGCUCCUAAAAGAGGCCACGAUUCCACUGGCGUCACCGACCGCGUCGUGAAUCAGAUGCUAACGCAGAUGGACGGUGCCGAAGGUCUCGAUGGCGUGUACGUCCUGGCGGCAACAUCGCGACCGGACCUCAUUGAUCCAGCACUGCUCCGUCCAGGUCGUCUCGACAAGUCUCUACUGUGCGAUAUGCCCACCAUGGAAGAUCGGCUCGACAUACUGCAAGCCGUCUCGAAGACGCUACACCUCAAAGCCGAUGUUGAGAAUCGGUUACUCACCAUCGCCGAGCGCACCGAAGGUUUCACAGGUGCCGACCUGCAAGCACUGGUUUACAACGCGCAUCUCGAAGCGAUCCACGAUCUACUAGGCGACAAGUCAAGCAGUAGCCACCAGAGCAAAGCCAAUGGCACGUUACCAAACGGCACCUCAUCUUCUUCAACCAGGAAAAGUGCUUCCGCCCGGAAAGGUUCCAGAGAUAGCAACAGCAGCAAGAUUCCCGAAUUCACCCAGUUCCUCUUCGACCCAGCCGCCGACGCCGACGCGCGAAACGGCGUGGUCAGCUCCAGCAGCUCUGCAGCCAAGAAAUCCCUCCUCGAGACUAAUGCCGCUAUAGCAUCUAAGCUCGAGGAGCUGAAGCUCCUGCGGAAACGCGAGCGCGCUGCUGCCAGAGGCGACUUCUCGUUCUUCUCGUCGCAGGCUCAGUCACAGGGAGGGGAUGAAGACGGUGUGGAUAAGGGAGAAGCGAAAGUGAUGAUCGAGUGGAAGCAUAUCGAGCGAAGUCUAAAGACAACGAGGAGCAGUAUAAGUCGAGACGAGAUUGGGCGGUUGAGGGUGAUUUACAGGGAGUUUGUGGUUGGGAGGAAAGGGGAUAUGCCUGGUGGAGAGCCGAGUAUGGAGAUUGGGGGCCGGAGUACUCUCAUGUGA